ACCCCCGUAGUACUCCUAUUUCUAUUCACCCCGUCCCCGUAGCGUUCUGUUCGGCGUCGGCCCUCCGCACCGGCACCCAGCCACUCGCAAGGGAGCCGCCGCGGCGAGGAGGGAGGGAGAGAGAGAAUGGGGAGGGGAGGGAAUGGGAUCGGAGGGGCGGUGGACUUGGAGACCGCCGACUCCGCCCGGGCGUUCGUCAAGGACGUGAAGCGGAUCGUCAUCAAGGUGGGCACCGCUGUUGUCACUGGGCAGGAUGGCCGAUUGGCUAUGGGCCGGCUGGGGUCUCUAUGUGAACAGGUGAAGCAGCUGAAUUUUCAAGGGUAUGAAGUGAUUCUGGUCACCUCAGGUGCUGUUGGUGUCGGGAGGCAGAGGCUCCAAUACAGGAAACUUAUCCAUAGCAGCUUCGCUGAUCUGCAGAACCCGCAGAAGGACUUCGAUGGAAAAGCGUGUGCUGCCGUUGGUCAAAGUGGCUUAAUGGCAAUCUAUGACACGUUAUUUAGCCAACUUGACAUAACAUCAUCUCAACUUCUUGUGACCGACCGUGAUUUUAAGGAUCCAAAUUUUGGGGACCAGCUUCGCGAGACUGUUUUCUCUUUAUUAGAUCUCAAAGUAAUACCACUUUUUAAUGAGAACGACGCCAUCAGUACUAGUAGACAACCAUACGAGGAUCGAUCUGGUACAUUCUGGGAUAACGACAGUUUGGCAGCUCUAUUGGCAGCAGAACUUAAUGCUGAUCUUCUUAUCUUGCUUAGUGAUGUGGAGGGACUCUAUAGUGGUCCACCAAGUGAUCCUCAAUCAAAGAUUAUCCACACAUACAUUAAUGAAAAACAUGAGAAGCUAAUUAGUUUUGGAGAGAAAUCUCAUGUAGGAAGAGGUGGAAUGCAAGCUAAAGUGGCUGCUUCUGCUAACGCUGCAUCAAAAGGCGUACCUGUUGUGAUUGCAAGUGGAUUCGCAACAGAUAGCAUUAUUAAAGUUCUCAAAGGAGAAAAAAUUGGUACACUUUUCCACAAUGAAGCAAAUUUGUGGGGAUGUUCCAAGGAAGCUUCAGCCCGAGAGAUGGCAGUUGUGGCAAGAGACUGUUCAAGACGCCUACAGAAGUUGUCAUCAGAGGAGCGUAAGAAGAUUUUGCUAGAUAUUGCUGAUGCUCUAGAAGCAAAUGAGGAUUCAAUUAGGUCUGAAAAUGAAGCUGAUGUCGAGAUCGCACAAGAUGCGGGUUAUGAGAAAUCGCUGGUUGCUAGGAUGACCCUAAAGCCAGGAAAGAUAACAAACCUUGCGAGAUCCAUUCGUGCAAUUGCUGACAUGGAGGACCCUAUUGCCCAUACAUUGAAAAGAACAGAGGUUGCUAAAGAUCUGGUUUUUGAGAAAGCGUAUUGCCCAUUGGGUGUUCUCCUAAUUAUUUUUGAGUCUCGUCCUGAUGCAUUGGUCCAGAUUGCAUCUUUAGCAAUCCGAAGUGGGAAUGGUCUUCUUUUGAAAGGAGGAAAAGAAGCUAUGAGAUCAAAUGCAAUAUUACAUAAGGUCAUAACUGGCGCGAUUCCAGAUGUUGUCGGUAAAAAGCUUAUUGGCCUUGUGACUAGCAAAGAUGAAAUUGCUGAUUUGCUAGUGCUUGAUGAUGUGAUUGAUCUUGUCAUUCCAAGAGGCAGUAAAAAUCUCGUUUCUCAAAUCAAAGCAACAACCAAUAUUCCAGUUUUAGGUCAUGCUGAUGGUAUCUGCCAUGUUUAUAUUGAUAAAUCAGCUGACAUGGAUAUGGCAAAACGUAUUGUAUUGGAUGCAAAAGUUGAUUAUCCAGCAGCGUGUAAUGCAAUGGAAACACUACUUGUUCAUAAAGAUCUAAACAAGAGUGAGGGCCUUGAUGAUCUAUUGGUGGAACUUGAAAAUGAAGGAGUAGUUAUUUAUGGUGGGCCUGUUGCGCAUGACAAAUUGAAAGUACCGAAGGUAGAGUCAUUUCGUCACGAGUAUAGCUCAAUGGCCUGCACCCUCGAAUUUGUUGAUGAUGUACAGUCAGCGAUUGAUCAUAUAAAUCGCUAUGGAAGUGCGCACACAGAUUGCAUUAUCACAACUGAUGAAAAGGCUGCAGAAACUUUUUUGCAGCAAGUUGAUAGUGCUGCUGUGUUUCAUAAUGCAAGCACAAGGUUCUGUGAUGGGACUCGCUUUGGUCUAGGCUUAGAGGUUGGCAUAAGUACAGGGCGCAUACAUGCUCGCGGACCUGUUGGUGUUGAUGGGCUUCUAACUACACGCUGCAUUCUACGAGGCAGUGGACAAGUAGUGAACGGUGACAAGGGAGUGGUAUACACCCACAGGGAUCUUCCUCUGCAAUGAGGCAAAGAACCUCUUCUGUAGAGCAAUAUUUUGGAACCAGUCGCUGAACUCCCCGUUUCAAGUAUCCUGUUCUUCAUGCCAUCAACGAAGGCAGCACUUAAGUGUCAUCAAAAGGGAUGGAAGAGACUAAUGUAUGUAGUUCAGCGAUGCUUCCUAUUAAUUACACAAUGAUUUAUUCAGACCAUUUUGGGUACGAGGCCUGUAGGUUGUGGUUGUAACCAUGGAACCUCCUUCGAUGCAUCUGUACUAGAGGUGUAGCAGCUAGAUGAUGUACGAUGGUUUUGGAUGAAGUAUCGAGCCUGUUUUAUGCAUAUGAUAAUGCAUAUAUGAUGGGCACCUGAAA